GCCAAAUUAGUCUUAGGCUAACCCUUUGAGAUCCCAACAUCUGAAGCCCAAACAAAAUAAUGAGUUGCAAAUGCUUAAUAAGCAUUAAAAACAGAAUAAAGAAUUACAAAGCAUUCAUCAAGAGCAGUCGUCAAUUACACCGAAUGGAGUAUGAUGGUCAACCUCUUUGUGGCUAUUAAAAUCCGAAAUCUCACCAAUAAGAUAAGUCGAUCAUUUAGUCGUUCAAUUAUAGAACCAAUAACUUAGGUCCUGAAUAACAGAGAGGUCUUUGCAAAACUAAUCCAAGAUAAACCACCAAAAGAGUGUCGAGCGCUAUGAAUUGUAGAAACACAGAAUCCAUACCAGAAAUGCAAGUUUGGAAGAGAGAUUGCUAUAUGGACAUGUUAAGACUUACUGGGAGGCGAGAAGAUUUAUAUUAUUAUACAGAAAGCGUUUUCCUGUUUAACUAACGCGAUAUGAGGAGGGAUUCAAUUUUUUCAAGUAACAACUCUAAUUCGCUAGAGAACUCUUUAAUAUUCAACGAAUAAAGUGCUAACAAGAGAAUAAAUGACUGCCACAAAAGGAAGCAUUAUGCUCUAGACUAUUAACUGAAAUUUCUUAUUCGGACGAAAGAGCUUCCUAUUAAUUAGAAGAAUCAAAUAGAAAAUUAGACCCAAAAUUCGAUUAAAGAGCAAGAAGGGGUGAUAUUAUGA